AUGGGGAAUUUUGUGGAAGAGAGAUGGGAAUGGAAGCUAACAUGGAGAAGGAACUUCUUUUACCAUGAAAUUGACAUGGUAGCUGAUUUUAUAGCUGACAUCGAGUCAGGCAACAUCAAUCACUCCAAUAGGGAUUUCCUUUGUUGGAAGUCUGAUCCUAAUGGUCUAUAUUCCACAAAGUCUGCUUACAAAGUGCUGCAGGAGGGUCAUGCUAGUGCUAUUGAGGACAGGGUUCUUAACAUCAUGUGGAGUCUGAAAAUACCCCCAAGAGCUAGUGCUUUUUCAUGGAGAUUAUUCAAGAAUAGGCUCCCUACUAGGGAUAAUCUUAGAAGGAGGCAAGUGUCAUUGCAUACAUAUAGUUGCCCCUUAUGUGACCUUGAAGAAGAAUCUGUCAAUCAUCUUUUUUUCAACUGCUCCAAGACUAGGAGUCUCUGGUGGGAGCCUAUGAGAUGGGUUAAUAGAGUGGGUCCCUUCCCCACUGACCCAAAGAAUCAUUUUCUGCAAUUCUCUCAGUGGAAUAGGCCAAGCUACACAAUCAAGAGAUGGGAAUUUCUCUGGAUAGCUUUGUCAGUGUCCAUUUGGCAUCACAGAAAUGGCAUGAUUUUCAAUAAUCAGCCUUUUAAUCCAGAAAAGGUCAUGGAUGAGGCUCUAUUCCACACCUGGUCGUGGAUCAAGUGUGUGGAGAAGGGUUUCCAAUCGCAUUUUGAUUUCUGGUCAACUAAUCUGAAGGAGGCUUUUUCUUAA